AUGUUGGCAAAAGCAACCUGCAUCACCCUCCACACCCUCUUCACAAUCCUCUCCAUCCGUCCCCCAGCCUCAUCCACCACAAAAGAAAAGGCCGACAAAGUCAAGGACGAAGGAUGGUUCUCCCUCCUCAUGAUCAAAAUCAUGCCCCGUUUCGGAGAAUCUGCUGCCAUCAUUGCGGCGGCGUUACAUAUCUUGUUGAUGUCAAAGGGGACCAUCUCGGGACAAUUGAAGACUUGGCAGGUCUUGACGACGUUUGCGGGAGUGCUGGGGUAUUUGUUGAGGACUUGGAGCUUCAGGACUCUGGAUCGCUUCUUUACCUUCUCAUUGACAAUCCGCUCAAACCACCGCCUGGUCCAAGACGGACCCUACAAGUACCUCCUCCAUCCCUCGUACACCGGCCUCAUGCUCACCGGGAUCCCGUACAUUUUCUCGAUCGCCUACGAGGGUUACUGGACUGACAUCAUCAAGCCCUUGAUGCCCCUCCCCGUCCCCGGACUCUUGCUCACCCUUGGAGGGCUAUUGAUCUGCUACGGGUUGACGUUUUAUAGAGUCCAGGGAGAGGAAAAGAUGCUGUCGCAGCAUUUUGGGUCUGAAUGGAAGACUUAUGCUAGCCAGCGCUGGAGGUUCAUCCCCUUCAUCGUCUAA